AUGGAUGUACUUCCAAUAUGUAGCAUCUUUCAGGAACUCCAAAUUGUUCACGACACUGGUUACUUCUCCGCUUUGCCAUCUCUGGAGGAAUACUGGCAACAGACUCGCUUAGAGUUGGAGCGAUAUCUUCAGAGUGAGCCCUGCUACAUGUCUGCCUCUGAGAUAAAAUUUGACAAUCAGGAGGAUUUGUGGACCAAAAUCAUUUUGGCACGAGAGAAAAAGGAGGAAUCUGAACUAAAGACAGCAAGUGCUCCAAAGGAGGCCAACCUUAAUAGCCAGAGUUUAGAGACUAACAGUUUGAAUUCUGAUAUCAGUAGUGAAACUUCAGACAGUUCCGAGGAACUUUCUCCUACAACAAAAUUUACCUCGGAUCUCAUAAGUGGUGACUUACGCUUAGCCAGUGCUGGAAACUUGAGUUCAUCUGUCACAUCUACUCCUCCUUCUUCCCCUGAGCUGGGCAAGGAACCAUCUUCUCAACAAUGGAAUUGUGCCCCCAGUGAAUUGCAUUCACCUGGCAAAAUCCAUACUGGUGCUGGUGGAAAGACUGUGGAAAAGGGUACCCUGGCCAGUGGAGAUGCCUCUCCUGAUGGGAGGAGGCGGGUUCAUCAAUGUCACUUCAAUGGGUGCCGGAAGGUUUAUACGAAAAGUUCACAUCUGAAAGCACAUCAGCGUACCCAUACAGGAGAAAAGCCUUAUAGAUGUUCAUGGGAAGGAUGUGAGUGGCGUUUUGCAAGGAGUGAUGAGCUAACCAGACAUUUUAGAAAGCACACCGGUGCAAAACCCUUUAAAUGUAAUCAUUGUGACAGGUGCUUCUCCAGGUCUGAUCAUCUGGCUCUUCACAUGAAGAGGCAUCUCUGAAUGAGUGGAAGCUUGAAUCCUGUGGACUAAGAGGCU